UCAAAAAUUGGGGGGGGGGGGAUUUCGAAUAACGCGACAGACUUAUUGUUUAUGCAUGUGGUCUUUGCUCCAUGAAGAGCCAUACACCGGAAUACCGGAUUUAGUGGACCAUUUUAUCGCCUUUUAGUGAAUCAGAGUCGGAAAUCAAAAUAGGAACCUUUAAGAAGAAAAAGUCUUAAGAGAAGAACAGAGAAAAAUAUUUAAUUGGUUAUAGCACAGGUUAUAUAUAACCUGUAUAACACUUGUUAUUGCGGCGUUUUAGAAGUUACUUUAAUUUUGGUAAUUCUUCAGAAUAGUUACCUCUGAUUUCGAUGAAAUUAGACUCAUUCGACGCGUUUUUUGCGUAAAAUGAAAGAAUCUGACAGAAAAAAGUCCGGCAUUGCCCUACGAACGAGAUAUUGAGCAUUAAAGUUGAUAACUAUUGGAGGUUAGGAAAUCUAUUAUGUGGAGUGUAUAGACAGUAGUGUUUAUUGAUUCGCGGCGGUUACGUCGCCCCGAACAAGAAAAAUAACAUGUUCUACCCGUUUGGGACCUAACUGUCUAGAAAUUGCAAUCUAGACAGCAAAAAAACCGCUCUAAAAAUACUAUUCUCACAGGUUAGAAAUAUCCCAAGCGGACACUAUUUACACUGCAACUUCUAGGUUAGAUCUCAAGCGAAUAGGAUAUGUUAAUUUUCUUUUGUUUAGGGCGAACCGAUAAACAUUAAUCUAUAUACCUACUGUCUAUAUAACAGAUUAAUGAUCAUGUUACAUAGUAACACUUUAGCACUCAAUAUCUUGCUCCGCAGUCCUGGACUUGUUUCUGGCACAUUCUUUCAUUUUACGCAAAAACGCAUCGAAUGAGCCUAAUUUCAUCAAAAUUGCAACUAUUGACUUAGCCUCAAUAGUUGUCAACUUUAACAUUCAGUAUCUCGGUUUGUAGGACAGUUCCGGACUUUUUUCUACCAGAUUCUUUCAUUUUAUGCAAAAACGCGUCGAAUGAGCCUAAUUUCAUUAAAAAUCGGAAGUGAGAUAGCUAUUCUGAAGAAUUACCUUAAUUUUUUUUCAUUACUGCUUAUUACAUUUGACGUUGUCUCAGACUCGACGAUUUACUGGUGGAAUAGUGAACGAUUAUGAAGUUUCACUGCUAUAUCGAGAUCCACGAUAGAAUAUUAUCUGUCUGCUCGCAGAGAAGAUCACAGUCGAUCUUGGCAUUCACUAAGAAAUCCGUCAAAGACGACGACGUAUACCUGUAUCUGCAAACACGACAGAACAAGCAAGGCAUCAAAUAUCAGAUUGUUAAUAAUGUAAAACAAGUGUUCACAAAGUUUAUCGCCGAUGGCAAAGUUACAAUAAGACUGAUACAACCUUGUCACGAUCUGAUAAUUCAGAGUGAUUCAAUUCAAUUGAAAAGUUUUCUUCAUAUAUUGAAUCAAAUAAUAAAUAGACAUUCUCAGCAUGACGUUCUCGUAAACCAGUACACAGUUAUGCCUAAUGUGUCUUUCAACUCGAGUCAAUUCUCCAUGGGAAAAGUCAAAGUUGUAGUAAAGAAAAAGUCUGAGUAUCCAACCUUACAGGGUUUCCCAAGAACUACAGAGCAACUAAUUUUAAGUGGACUGAGCAGAAAGUCAUUUGAUCGGCAAAUUUUGCGUUUGCAAAGUCUAAGAAUUCUAGAUUUGUCGGACAAUAACAUUUCCUAUUUGCCAAAGGAGCUAGGCACCUUACCUCAUCUUCAACAACUUUUAUUGUCGCAAAAUAAUCUUGGAAAAUCACCUAAAUCAAAGUGGACAUGGCUAGAGCAAACUGCCAUUAAGCAUAAUUUGCAUUUCUUAGAUAUAAGUAGUAAUUUAUUAACUGAAUUGCCAACACAGAUUAAAAACCUAAAUGCCUUGGUACAUCUAAAGGUUAGCCAAAAUGCAUUGACGCAUCUACCACAUAAUAUUAGAACUUUACGAAAUCUGAAAAUUUUGGAUGUAGCAAGAAACCGUUUGUCGUAUUUACCAGUGACCAUCACAUAUCUGCGAUUACAGCUUUUAGAUGUUACAGAGAAUCCGUUUAUGGAAUCCUACGACAUUAAAAAUAAUGUUUGUGUAAAUGAUAGUGCAAUGACAGAUAACGUAUGA